GGAAAAGCCUGCAUCUGAACUCCUGAAGAGCCGCUGCCAGCCAAUUGCGGCGCCAGGAUUAAUCCAGACGGAUCAUGGCUUGAUUUUGUAUUAGGCAGCCUUCUCUGUUCUUUUACCCAGGAAUUUGUCAAAUGAAUUAACCAAUCCUUUUCUCAAUUUCUUCUUUCAGGUUAUCAUAAUGUGGCCCCAGCGGAGGAACUGGAAGUCCAUGUGUAAAGGCCUUGUCCUGGGAACACUCCUCACUAGCUUCAUGCUGGUUCUGUACUCCUAUGUUGUUCCACCCUUACAAGUUAGCAUGACAGAGAUUCCCAUCCCUUAUUCCUGCUCUUCCCACCGCACCCAGGCCUGGCAAUCAGUUUCAGGAAAUAGUAGCCAGGGCCCACCAGGACAAAAAUGUCUCCCCAAACUAGAUAUCAUGUUCAUGAAGACCCAUAAGACGGCCAGUAGCACCAUCCUCAAUAUUCUCUUUCGCUUUGGGGAGAAACACCACCUCAAGUUUGCCUUCCCCAACGGACGUAGUGAUUUCUACUACCCAUCCUUCUUUGAACGGAACCACGUGAAGGGCUAUCAGCCUGGCAUGUGCUUCAACGUCAUUGGUAAUCACAUGCGCUUUCAGUAUGAGGAAGUGCGCAAGUUGCUGCCAGCUGACACUGUCUUUGUGACCGUGCUGCGGGAUCCUGCCUACCUCUUUGAGUCUUCUUUGCAUUACUUUAGGGGCAUCAUUCCUUUGACCUGGAAGCUGUUGGGAGACGAUAAGCUGUCUGAAUUCCUGAGGGAUCCUUGGCAUUACUAUGAUCCUAAUGGGUUCAAUGCACACUACCUCCAGAAUCUCCUUUUCUUUGACUUAGGCUAUAACAACAACAUGGAUCCCAAUAGCCCCCUAGUCGAACAGUAUAUUCACGAGAUUGAUGAACAUUUCAAUUUGGUCAUGCUUUUGGAGUACUUUGAUGAAUCUUUGGUGCUUCUGAAGGACUUGUUAUGUUGGGAGCUGGAAGACAUUCUGUAUUUCAAGCUCAAUGCUCGCAAAGGCUCCGAAGUCUCCAAUCUGACAGAUGAACUCUACCAAAAAGCCACAGAUUGGAACCUCAUAGAUGCCAAACUCUACCGGUACUUCAAUGCCACUUUCUGGCAUAAAGUGGAAGUAUAUGGGAUGGCAAGGAUGGCUGAGGAUGUAGCCAGACUUAAUGAAGAGAAUGAGAAGAUGAAGAGAAUCUGCAUCGAUGGAGGCCACCCUGUGGAUGCCAGUUCUAUUCAGGAAUCUGCCAUGCAGCCAUGGCAGCCGUUGGGUAUGAAAUCCAUCUUGGGCUACAAUUUGAAAAAAAGGAUUAACAAAAAGCAUCAGAAGCUUUGCCGCAAGAUGCUUACCCCUGAGAUCCAAUACCUGACAGAACUUGGGGUCAACCUGUGGAUCACCAAGCUAUGGAGCUGGGCGCGGAUGUUUUUGGAGUGGUAAUAGGAUUAUGCUCCUUGCAAUUACCAAGCACACUUUCUCUCCACAAGAGUAAUCUGAUGCUUUUCUUUUGGUUUCUUCCCCUCCUACUUCUCUCUCAUAUUGGUUGGUCAGGCACACACUGAACUCACAUUGUGGCCUCCCACUAAUGUGAGAACUAUCUUGAGAACAAAGAGUUCCUGAUGGUGAAAAAAAGGGAGGGGAGAUGGAUGACCAGGGCUUGUGACUUAGGUGGGAAGGAGAGAAGGCUGUACCUGUGACUCACUUUUGGCCUGUGCUUUGGCAAGAAGAAAGUUGAAGCACAGGUGAAACUGAAGCAGAUGGAUCUCACGUAUUGCAAUGUGGAUUCCAGCUCUCUGAGGUUGCUCUGCUGCUUUAAUUACUUGUGAGCACAGUGCAAAACAGACCAAGAAGCUUUCACCAAUUGCAGUAUUUUGCUAUUUGGAACUUAAUUCUCUCCCCCAGCUCUCAUACUGAAACUCUUGUGGACACCAAUCGUAAGAGAAACUGCCACCCUGUUUUA